GUGCCGGUGCAUUUCACGUCUCGUUUCAGGCGCAGUCGGGGAGUACGAAUCUCGCGUAAGUGACCGGGAAAUUUAAUUAAUACGUACACGUAAUCGGAGAUAUUGAAUCGCGCAAAAUCAGCCGUUCCGAUAAGUCGAACCGGACACCGAGCGAGAACCGUGACACGACGAAAAACAAGUCGGCAAGUGGCCGAACGCGAUCGCGUCACGAGGUGAAGUACGCAACGACACGAACGACGUCCUUGCACGUCCUUGUUCGGGAUCAGGUGGACCAUGGCGCGCAAGGACGGCCCUUCGAUCUUCGAACGACUCCAGAUCCUUAUGGAAGACGAGAUGGGACCUGGAAGGCUGAUUACCUAUGGGAUCGCCAGUGCCGGCCUACUCGCAGCCCUGUACAAAAUUAGACCCUUCGCCAAGUUCACGAGACCGUCCGAUGUUCCGUUGCACUUUCUGCAGACGCGAGUUCCGCUCCAGGGUACUGUGCGACGCGUGGAACCGAGCUCCAGCAGGGUUCUAUUACUGGUCGAUCACCAUCCCUUAUUGCCUAUUCCCCGUUUCAGCGGUAGGACUUAUUUGCCUGUCAAAAUCGGUGGCGUUGAUGUUACAGGUAACGGUGUAAGCUGGCUGCAAACCGUGCUCAAUGGAAAGCUCAUCACGUUUGUGCCUAUAGUCAGAGAGAAGGAGUAUUUGGAAUGCGUGGUUACAAUGCCACAGAAGGAUCAAGACUCAUUGGAGAUUGGCGAGGAAUUAGUUAAAUUAGGCCUAGCCACAGUACACGAACCUUGGACCAAAUUAAAGGAUAAACGCGUUUUGGCAUAUAGAACGUCCUUGGCAAACGCGCAAAAGUGGGCGAUACGUAGGAGAAAUGGAUAUUGGCAUUUUGUCAAGCAGCCAACAGUUCUGUGGAAGGCGCAAAUGUUCGCAAUUGAUAAAAUAAAAUCGCUGUUGCCCACCAAUGUAAUUAGACGACUUGAUCUGUAAGUGCUCUGCUUGUUUGUUAAAAAUAUACUUCCAGUGUGCAUAUUUUUUGAUAGUUUGUAUAUACAAAUGAAUAUAUAUUAUGUACUUAAGAAUUUUUUAAAUAAAAUUUUAAUAAAAGUUG